AUGCCUCGCCCCGCUGUGGCCGACUUUGUCGACUCCUUCUUCACCCGCGCCCUCUUCCAGCCCGAUGACCAGCUCGCAGCGUCAGCGCUAGCCACGGAGCUCGCCCCGGAUGCCAACAUUUCCAUCAACGGAACUUUCUUCACUACUACUGAAUUCGUAGCACUCAUCACCAUCCAAUUUCGCGCCGCCUUCGUGGCUUCUAUCGUCGAGAUCAAAGACCUCAACAUUGUGACUACAAACAACUCAGGCUCUACGGGCGUGGUCGGACAAUGGACAUCCUACGUUACCGAAGGGAAGGCGGACGGAGAGAAACUCAGGCAGAGCGCGACGACCAUCGUAAAGGUCGAAGAGAGGGAAGGGAAGAACGUGAUCACUGGAAUCUGGGAAGCGCAAACCAUGGACGAAACCUCAUGA